CAGGUCUCGGGCCCUCAGGCGGAGCGGCAGGCGCCGGACCCCCAGGCGGAGCGACAGGUCUCGGGCCCUCAGGCGGAGCGGCGGGCGCCGGACCCCCAGGAGGAGCGACAGGUCUCGGGCCCUCAGGCGGAGCGGCGGGCGCCGGACCCCCAGGCGGAGCGACAGGUCUACGGGCCCCCAGGCGGAGCGGUGGGCACCGAGACACCAGGCACGACAGUGGGCUCCGAGUCAACUGGUAAUGACCGCAGGCACUGGGUCAGACAUUGGAUGGUCUGGCUGGACAGCGGGCAUCGGGGUCACCAGGCAUCAGGUCAUUUGGCUCGACAGCGGGCACUGCGUCAUCUGGCAAGGCAGUGGGCUCCGAGUCCAACUGGCAUGAACCGCGGGCACCGGGGCAGACAUUGAAUCGUCUGGCUGGACAGCGGGCAUCGGGUCACCCAGGCAUCAGGUCAUUUGGCUCGAC